AGAUCGAAGAAUACGUAUAUUUUGGUAUAGAACUGGUAAACUAAGACGUGUCUAUGAUGAAUCACUUGAGGUAAGUAAAUUUACUCUUUUGCCCUCAGUUUCAUGACAUUUAAACGUAUAUAUCCUUAACUAUUCUGAAGAUUUAACCUAACUUUGGUUUGUUUAGAAUGCUCAAGAUCUUCAAAGAAGCGGUGUUCCUUUGUAUCGAUUAGAAGCUAUUGAUUUUGGGAGAAGAAUGGCAGUUGAAAGAGAAAUUGAAAAAACAGAAAAUGUCCCACAGCCAAAUGCACUAUUUGAUGAAAGCUCUAAUUUCAUUAUUUAUCCAACUCUCCUUGGUAUUAAAAUUGUAAAUCUGCACACAAACAAAGUUUCCAGAAUAUUAGGGAAGGUGGAAAAUAAUGACAGGUUUUUAAGAAUUGCUUUGUAUCAAGGUGAUCAAAGCAGUAAAAAAGUGCGAAAAAUUCUUGCUGCUGCUGUAAAUGUGAAUGAAAGCAAAGAUCCCAUGACAGAUCCUACUUUGUUAUGCUGUGCUUUUAAGAAACACAGAAUCUAUUUGUUCAGCCGAAGAGAACCAGAGGAACCUGAUGAUGCAACCAAGGGUAGGGAUGUCUUUAAGGAAAAGCCUCCUCCUGAUGAACUUAUGGCUGCAUCAGAUAUUGGAAAGUCUGUUACAACAUCUCUUCCAGAAAAUGUGUUGAUUUCUAUGGCACAAGUAGGACACACAUUAAGUAGCGACCUCUUAAAUUCUGAUGUUGAUUAUGAAAAUUUGAAACCACCUGUUAUGGAUAGUCUGGAUGUCUUACUAGCUAAGAAAAAGCGUCCAAAAAGUGAUCCUUAA